AUUUAAUACCCCAUUGUGGCAACAGAAGAUAGUGAAAUUAUUUGCAAGCUUUGCUGGAGAGUACCAACCCAGGAAAGUAACUAAAUUUUAAGGAAAAUCGAAACGCUGUCAUUUUGUUGUUGUCUAUUUUGACUGACACUCCAGCGUGAUAUUUGACACCCGCCAGCAGGCGAAUGCCAAAAAGUAGCAUGAAAACAAAGUGAAGACAAUAAUCAGUAGCAAUCAGAAUAGACAAAAGGAAGUGCAAAAAAAGCAGCACCCAGCCAAUAGCGAAGUCAUAGCAGCAGCAGCAGCAGCUGUAGUAAUAAUAGCAAUAUUGAAGCAUACACUUAGGCGCUGUCAUAUUAGUGUAGCCAUAGAGGAAAGCAGGCAGGCAAGCAGCUUUUGCAAAUUUUGUGCGAAAAAAGGAAAAAAAAUACAAACGACAAUUGUGCAAGUAUUAAAUAUUAAUGAUUCAACAUUUUUUCUUAAAAAAAAGCAGAUAAUUUUGUGAAUAUUAUUGCUGAUAAUUAGAUAUUGAAAAUUUUCACUUUUAAACGUUCGAAAAAUUAUAUAAAAUAUGCGGCACGCUCGUAAAUGCCAUUUGAACGUAUGAAAGGCGUAACUACAACAACAAUAAUAAAAACAGCAGGUGUUUAAAAAACCAGCAGCUGCGUCAAUGCAAAUAACAAAAACGUCCAAAACACAGCAGUAACAACGAAAUCACGCGAUUACAUAAAUAUUAAUUAAUAUAAAUGUAAAGUACAGAGAGUCAAGAUACAGUGUUGGAAGUCAACGCACAGAAUAGUGCGUACACACACAAGCAGACGGUCAUUUCAAAGUAGACAUACGGAAAAAGGAAGCUCACAGCAAGUGAUCCAACGCUGGCAUAUUGAUUGCACAACAACAAACCAUGCAAAUUGCUAAUAAAGUAAUUAUAAUUUAAUUGCAGAGAACAGAGUGUAAGAAAGACUGCUGUGUAGGAGAUUGAAUUUCCGCUGCAACGAAUAAACAAAAGAAAAGAAUUUGAAUUUGUGUGAAAUUAAUUAAUUAAAAAUUAGUUUAAUAUAUCAUAAAUCAAUAUUAUUCAUAUACUACAAAAGCGAAGACUAUAAAAACUAUAAUAUAGCAAGUAUAAUAACAACGGCAAGAAUAACCUAAAACAAAUAAAUAAGUAUAUCAUUUCAACAACUUUAAAGUUAGCAGAAUUAUAGGCCGCUAAAGGCAAUAACUGAGAGACAAAAAUAUCGACAAACAGCAAUAUGGCUAGUCCCACGCCCACACUACAAACGCGCUGUCACUCCAUUAUCUUUGCCGCCUUGCUUAUUGGCACUCUAAAGCUCACCGUAUUCGCCUCGCUAGCAGCUGCAUCAAUCGCUACGCCCGCACCUGCCUCGGUAGCAGCAGGUGCGCAACUUUCAAGCAGUAUUCCUCAAACUGAAACUAAUGCCAAUACCAUUGCUUCCGCGGCCACGCGUGAGCGUAUUGUGUCCACAACUUCUGUGCCACUACAAGCGCCUGGGGUCUCCACCAUCGAGCCGGUGGCUGGCGCUGAAACCGCAAUAGAAGCUGUAAGCACAACUGCGCCGACAAGCUCGUCUACUAGUACAACCAAUCAACCGACUACAACGGCGCCCGAGCAUGAUAUUAUCGGCUCACCCGGACCUGAUAAACGUGAACAGGAGGCCAUACUGAAGGCGUUAGAUUGGUUGAAGGAGAAACGUGCUGCCGAUUAUGGUUGGGCAAAUGAUACGCAUGUGGUGAUAUUGGCCAAAGAGCUGUCGGGUGCACGUGACCCAACUGAUGCUGAUGGUCAUCUGCAGAUCAUACAAGAACUUGAGGAUACAUUGUCUGUGAAGGAGAUGGAAAUCGAAAUACUAGCCAUGCUUGAUCGUCAUCAUACAUUACCGAAACCGCUGAAUUUGGAGAAACUCGCACGCUACGUGCUCGCGCUCGGUUCGUUGUGCAAGGAUCCGAAACAUUUUCAUGGACACGAUUUAGUUGCCACGCUGCAGCAUCACGAACCGGCGCAAGAUAAUGAAUUCGCCUUGGCCACGUUGUCGGCGUGUAGUGCUGCUGCGCAUGUGCGCAAGCGCCAAAUACGCCGAUUGCUGGACAUUGCGAGCGGCGUUACGGAUCAGGGUGUGGACACGAUUGCGAUGGUUAUACUGGCGCUGCGCUGCAUCGUGACCGAUCAUCGGCAUCGCCAUCUACAGCACUUUGUACGACGGCCUGCUAGAGGAUUGGCCAGUUUGCAGGAUCCACGCGGUAGUUUCGGUUCGCUACGCAGCACUGCCUUGGCUAUGCAGGCGUUGCAAGAUCUUGAACACGAUCCGGCCGGCUCGUGGAACCGUACUGCCGCAUCGAGGUGGAUAUUGGGUCGACAGCGCGCGGAUGGCGGUUGGACUGAAGAGCCAUUGCACGACGGACAGGAUCCCGGCAUCGGUGUAGGUUUGACAGCGGACAUCAUACUGGCGUUGGGUUGGAAGGGUCUGGGAGCGGUGCGUGCACUACAAUGCGAUCAUGUGAUACGCGAGAAUAGCGAUCCCACAUCAGAAAAUGGCGAACCAAAAUUAGCUGUACCCUAUGGACUGACAUCAUCAGCUGAGGAAUCGGACUUGAAAAAUGUCUCUUACACCUACACGCUAUGGGUGGGCUCGAAUGUGACGGAAGCAUUCUCGCUAUCGCUAGUCUCACCAAAGAACACAAGCUUCUUUAAAGCCAUGACGCAGGCUGCCGAACUGGAUCCGAGAUUUGCUUUUGAGGCACGAGAAUGGCCCAACGGACACUAUGUACACACACUGGCCGGCAAGAAAGAGGAACCGAGAGGGUAUAAUUACUGGCUGCUGUAUCGUUUACCCGAACUACCCGAUCCCAUCAAUGCACCGGGUAAUCAACUAAUUGCUCCAGUUGGCGUCGAUGAGCUGAUGGUCGAGGAUGGUGAACACUAUCUAUAUUGGUAUAAAAAACUCUAAGCGAACUCUCGCGCCCAGUAAAUCUCAGAAACAGCAAUUGAGGUAAGCAGCAGCGUCUAGGCUGAAGGCCAAGUGGAAGAAGGAGAAGAAGCUGAAGAGGAAGCAGAAAUAGCAGAGAAUGAAACUAUAUACUAAAACAUGCUAAUUUAAAAUAUAAACCAUUUACAUAUACAUAAAAUACAAUAUACUGCUAACCUAUACCAAGAGGCCAUAAAUAAAUGAUAAAGCAAAUGCGAAAUACAAAUAUACACACCAAAAUAUAUACAUAAAUACCUACAUUUACGAUAAAUACAAGUUAAGAGAACGAUUAUUAAUGCAAAAACCAAAAAAUAAUAUAAAAAUUAAGAAGGUGACGAUUAAAAUAGAAAAACUAAACAAUAAUUAAUAAUCAAACAAAAGUUCCGCGCUUUAGCCAAGGCAAAUGCAAAAUUAAAUUUAAAUAACAAAAAAUAAAUAAAAGAAAACCAUUAAAAAUACAUAUUUUUAGAAAGAAAAAAAUUAAUACAUAAAAAUAAUUGCUAAUUAAAAAUAAUUACAAUAAAAAGGAAAACACAUAAAAACCCUCAUAUACAAAUAAACAAAAAACGAAAAGAAGUGAGUGUGCUAUUAAUACAGAGAAUAUAUAUACAUACAUAAAAAGUGAAAUAUUGAUAAAGGUGAUAAGGCAUGUGCAGGAUAACAAUAAGAGCAGGUGAACAAAGGUCACCCACACGCAGAAAGCACGUUCAUUUGCACACUUCCAUACAUAUACACAGUGGAAUUCAUAUAUAAAAUCACCCUCAUACUCAUAUUAAUAUGAAAAAUAUAUAUAAACAUAAAAGGAAAAUCGAAAGUAAUUAACAAUAAAAAUAGAAACAGGCAAAAAAUCGAACGUCCAUGUUAACUAAGUCGUGUCGCUACAUACAUAUUACACAUACAUACUGCUUAUAUUGUAAAAAAGGUUAUAUGAUAUACAUAUACAUAAAUUUACAGAGUUAUUUUCAUUAAGCAGUGUGUGCGUAAUCAACAUUAGAGCUUUAUAUAUUUGUAUGUGGGUCUUUAUUUUUAUUUAUUUUAUUCCUUUUUUAUUUUAAACACUGUUAUUGAUUUUUAUUUUACUUUUUACUCAUAUUUCAUUUUACUUUAUUUUAAUUUUUUUUAUUUAUUAUUGUUUUUUAUUCUACUUAUUUUGUUUCAAUUAAAUUUUUUAUAAUUUUUCAUUUAGUUUAAUUUUAAUUUUUUUGAAAUCAUUUUUCUCUCAUUUUCAUUUGCCUGAAAUUCUCAGCGUAUUUAUGAAAAUAUUUAACUAUAAUUGGUAUGAGACAAUUCGGCUUAUAAAGUAAAUUGUUUCGCCUUUACAAAUUUUUUGGAAAUUCAAACUUGAUAAAUAUUUGCAAAAACAUUAAAGCAAAAAAUUUGCAAAAAAAAAGCUUAACUAACCUACAAACCUAUAUGAAUUGAGUUGUUAAAUGAUUUUUUAACGAUGAGAAGAGUUAUGAACAAAACAUGUGUAUUUUAAAUAUGAAAAUAAUAAUUUGCUUUAAUAAAGAUCUAUAGAAAACUUUAAUAA